UAGGACAUUGCCAUGUUUCGGGAAUUUCUGCUUGUUAAAAUGAUCAACGCUGAGAAGGCCACUUUUCAAACGCCAAUAUUUUCACAAAAACGCGAGCGGACUUUGGAUAUGUUGAUAAAAGAUUUAUAUGAAGAUUAUGUGGGUGAUAGUAAGCUGAAUAUGCUAAAUAGGACGCGCCUUCUCCGAAGUGCUGUACGAUGUGCCGCGCACAUCAAAAUAAAAGAAGACGCGCGCCAAAUUGAGUUCGUGCGCAUUGGCCAGGCACUCAAAUUGGAGGCAAUAGUACGUGGCGAUGCGCCAACUAGCAUUGCAUCGGCCAGUCCCUGUCACGAUAUUUCGCAAGCCACCGUGGGAGCCGCAUUGCUUCUAUCCAACUUCUACACCGCGGCACACUGGCAGGCGAUUCAGUUCGGUUGCAACGACGACAGCUUAUUUAUUGCCACCGACGAUGGCACAUUUCUGAUGAAAGAGGAUCAAUCACAUCAACUUAUCUUCGAUAAGUCAUUUCAAGUACGCCAACUCAGCGUAGUGGAGGACCAUGGGCUUGUGCUGAUACGUGGCGGUUCGCUAACUAAUCGUGACGCACACCGCAUGCAUGUCUUUCGUUUGCGUGAAUUCCAACCAAAAUAUGCAGAGGAGUCGCUACGUUGUCGCAGUCGCGCCGAAGUGAAGGAGCGACGCAUCGAACGCACACGUGGCUGUCAUUUAUAUGCGAGUUCACGUAUUAGCGGUGGCCAUUUGCGUUUAGUGGUGGCAGUCAACCGUAAAUUACAACUAUUCCAAUGGAAGCACACAGCCGCCUGGGCGUCGUGGUGUCCGGAGAAUGACACAGAAACGGUGGAGGGUUUCAUCUUCCAAAAGGAAAUCACGCUGUGUGAGUCGCCAAGCAUAAUUACGCCGCUGGAGGGACCGACUAACACUAAUGCGGGUGGACUCAUUUGCGUUGAUAUCACUACGAAAUUGUGUGUGAUCAAACGGGCACGGCCAACUAGACUCUAUGACUUGGAGACAGCAAAGAGGAAUCAGGCACAGCUGACGGCGGCCAUCGAACUCUGCGAUGGCUUGGAGACGGAACUACUUUUGUGCUACAAUCACACCUGCCACUUCCAAAAGCUGAGUGACCGUGAUGGCACGAAAAAUGACUUCGAUUUCCAUUGGAAUACUUCGCCCACGGCAGUUGUAUGCGCAUUCCCCUACAUACUCGGUUUCACUUCGGACUCAAUAGAAAUACGGCUACUGGUGAACGGAAAUUUGGUGCACACGGCCAUGAUGCCAGAACUGCAGCUGAUCACCUCAAAACGCGACAUAUUUUUUGUUACCACAGCACCUGAAUUCAUGUCUAAGGAUCUACACAUUAAAGGUCUGCAAAUAAAUGAAUUCUCAGCGUCAGAACGCCGUUUGGUCAACACACCGAGUGAGGCCUCGUCUAACGAAGAACUCUCACAAGGUGAACUGCUAUGCUCAACUCCCAAAGAUGUGCUCAUAAACCCUGAACACGAACUCACCAAUUUGCUGGAGAUACCCAACGCAAGUAUUCCAUUGCCCCACAUACACCGCGCUCGCUCGCUUCAAAAGACACACAAUGUUUACGAUGAAAAGCCGGUGAUUGCCAAGAGUAAUUCCUGCGGUGACACCGACAACCGAUUUAGCGGUUUGCGCAGCAACUCCAUCAUUGCAGAUCACCUGCAGCAGCAGCAGUGUGUGCCACCAAACUCACCCCGCCAUACCGCUAGCAAUGGCAGCAAUAACGCUACCAGUAGCAGCAGCAACAGCAACAGCAACAGCAGCAAAGGUAGUCAACAUUCGCCAAUGUCGCCCACACGGCGCACAUCAAAAUAUCGUAAUCUCUUUAAUAGUGUCGGAAGCGGUGGCGGGGGCGGAAAUUCGCCCAACAUCAUCACGGAUGGUGGUUGUUCCUGCUCGCCAGACCGUCUGAAACCGUUGCGCGUCUAUCGCAUUCCACUGGCCAAAUUGACUGGCGCCCACUCACACUUUCACAUGCAUGCAUUCAACGCAAUGGCAGCAGCGGCAAGUACAACGACACCGCCGCAUACAACACAGCACUUGAAUGCAUUUUCGUUGACGAAGCGCCAAAAGUCAAUGGAUGCGCAUUUGUCAUUGUCGAUGAGCAGCAGUCCCGGUGUUGUGUACCACGAAUGACAAAUGCGCGAAGUGAAGGCGACUGUAGGCAGGACCGCAUCCGCAGCUGCAUCUACAUCUGUCUACGCCAACCAGGCUCAUCAGCUGCAGCCGCAAGCCAGAUUAAUUGCAAAGUCCUUGCUGCGCGAACAGAAAUCAAUGGAUCUGCACUUUGGAGAGACGGAUUGCACCAAGGACGACAAUAAAUUCCGCGAGGAAGAUGAACGGCACGCUGAUGAGGUGCCAUUGCUGUACAAGGUGAGUCAAAAGCAAUGACGUCGCGUAAGAAUAAACCCGCACCAUCACCGUCGCGGGAAGUGCAAAUGUGGCUGACAAAAGAGCUGCGCAGGUUUCACAAAAAUAUCUCACAA